CUCCGCUUCCGCCCGGUUGCCGGGGAGACGCGUCCAUAGCGCGGAAAUCCCCGCGGGCGCGGAGCCCGCCCGGCGCCAUGAGCCAGCGGCAGGUCCUGCAAGUGUUCGAGCAGUACCAGCGCGCCCGGUCGCAGUUCGCGCAGGCGGUGGCCGACCUCGCCGCCCGCCCGCAGAGCAUCGACACUCUCCGCAGCGCAGGAUUUGGCCCCCACCCUGCUUGCCGAGUCCCCGCGUUGCGGAGGGAAGGUGUAGUGUGUUUGCUGAGACCUCUUUUGCUGGACAUUGUCCCGAGUGUCCGCCAGACCGCUGCCUUGGCUCUUGGGAGACUCGCUGAUUAUGACGUGGGGCUGGCAGAGGUGAUCGUGAAGGCAGGAAUUCUUCCACAGCUCAUAUGUGUACUGCCUGAGGAGAAUCGUUACUACAAGAAAGCAGCUGCAUUUGUGCUAAGAGCAAUUGCUAAACAUUCUCCACAACUAGCUCAGGCAAUAGUUCAUAGUGGAGCACUGGAAAUGCUGGCGAUUUGCUUGGAAGAUUUUGACCCUGGAGUCAAAGAAGGUGCAUCUUGGGCAUUUGGGUACAUUGCCCGACACAAUGCAGAACUGUCACAAGCUGUGGUGGAUGCAGGCGCUGUUCCUCUUUUAGUGCUCUGUAUCCAGGAGCCAGAAAUUGCUUUGAAAAGGAUUGCUGCUUCAACUCUCAGUGAUAUUUCAAAGCAUUCUCCAGAGUUAGCACAGACAGUAGUGGAUGCAGGAGCUAUUGCUCACUUAGCUCAGAUGAUCCUGAACCCUGAUGCUAAACUGAAGCGUCAGGUGCUGUCAGCUCUAAGCCAAAUAGCAAAGCAUUCAGUGGAUCUUGCAGAGUUGGUGGUUGAAGCAGAAAUUUUCCCAGUUGUGCUCACAUGCCUGAAGGACUCAGAUGAAUAUGUCAAGAAAAAUGGUGCAACUUUAAUUAGAGAGAUAGCAAAGCACACGCCCGAGCUUUCCCAGUUUAUAGUAAAUUCAGGUGGAGUUGCUGCUGUGGUUGAUUGUAUUGGCAGCUGCAGAGGGACCAUCAGACUGCCUGGCAUCAUGGCACUUGGGUAUGUGGCGGCUCAUUCCGAGAACCUGUCAAUGGCAGUCAUUGUCUCCAAGGGAAUACCUCCACUGUGUGCCUGCUUGGUAGAAGAACAUGAAGAUCAUAUUAAGGCAGCAGCUGCUUGGGCCCUGGGACAGAUUGGAAGGCACACUACUGAGCAUGCACGUCAUGUUGCAGUAGCAAACGUGCUGCCCACGCUGCUCGACAUCUUUGCGGACGCAGGCAGCUCAGAAGAUCUUAAAGCAAAAACUAAGAAAGCCUUAAAGAACAUUCUUCAGAAAUGCACGUAUCUACCAGCACUUGAACCACUGCUUCAUGAGGCCCCUUCCAGUAUUUUGCAGUAUAUUAUUGGGCAGUUUAGUAAGGUGUUACCACAUGACAGUAAAGCACGUCGUCUCUUUGUAACAACUGGUGGACUUAAAAAGGUUCAAGAAAUAAAAGCAGAACCUGGGUCACUUCUUCAGGAAUAUAUCAACACUAUUAACAAUUGCUAUCCAGAGGAAAUAGUAAGGUAUUAUUCCCCUGGAUAUUCUGAGAUACUUCUGGAAAGGGUGGAAAAUUACCAACCAGUUUUAUAAACUUCAGUGUUUUAUUAGAGCUGCAUUUCACAUUUAUGCCUUUAUGACAGUAAUACAAAUACAGCUGUUGAAAGCCUUGCUUGAUUCUCAAAUCUCUUUUUACUAUUUGCACUACUGAAAAAGCUCAGCAAUUCUAUAAAGCUGUAUUUUGUUCUUUAUAAACUUGUUUGUUGUUA